CUCUGCAAGGAGAGCCAGGACUGGGCCUCGCAGCUGGCAGCGCAUGACAUCGGGAUGCAACAUCAGACCGAGGAGAGAUACGGCGUGAAUCUCUACUGCGCACAGGUCACCCUCCACCCCGUCGUGGCCAAAACGGUCGUGGACUUUUGGUACAGCAAGCUGUCGGCCUUCGAUUUCCACAACCAGGAGGAAAGCCCUACGAGCGCGGGGAGCGGGACUCAGGUGGUCUGGAAACGAACCCAGCACCUGGGGGUGGGGAAGGCGAUCACGAGAGACGGCAAGAAUUGCUACGUCGUCGCCUACUACGAUCCACCUGGGAACGUGAGAGGCAAAUAUGGAGCCAAUGUGUUUCCCGCUUAA